AUGUAUAACUUAUAGAUAUAAACUAAUAAGUAUUUAAACACGCUGUUUUAAAUUUAGUAAAUCAAGUAAGAUGACAGCAAAUCCAAUCUGAUAAUGUAGGAUAUACGAGGAUUUUUGCAAUGUAUCAAUUAAGCAGGAAAAUCAUUUCAAAGCAGAUCUUUAAAUCAAUUGUGAAAUCCCAAGACUUUAUUAAUAAGAUAGAAUCAAAAAUUAAUUUUACAGCAACUUCUAGUAUAAACUAAAGCAAAUGACAUUUGCUUGCUUGAACAAUUUUGCACCAAAUUAAAUUAAUUUAUAUCAAUGAAACAGGAAUAGGCAUAGAUUUUAUAGAGUUUGGAGUAACAAAAAUAAGAUUUCUACAGAUCUAGC